UCGGCCCGGCCAUCUUGUGGGAAGAGCUGAAGCAGGCGCUCUUGGCUCGGCGCGGCCCGCUGCAAUCCGUGGAGGAACGCGCCGCCGAGCCACCAUCAUGCCUGGGCACUUACAAGAAGGCUUCGGCUGCGUGGUCACCAACCGAUUCGACCAGUUAUUUGACGACGAAUCGGACCCCUUCGAGGUGUUGAAGGCAGCAGAGAACAAGAAAAAAGAAGCCGGCGGGGGCGGCGUUGGGGGCCCUGGGGCCAAGAGCGCAGCUCAGGCCGCAGCCCAGACAAACUCCAACGCGGCGGGCAAACAGCUGCGUAAAGAGUCCCAGAAAGACCGCAAGAACCCGCUGCCCCCCAACGUCGGCGUGGUUGACAAGAAGGAGGAGACGCAGCCGCCCGUGGCGCUUAAGAAAGAAGGAAUAAGACGCGUUGGAAGAAGACCUGAUCAGCAACUUCAGGGUGAAGGGAAGAUAAUUGAUAGGAGACCAGAAAGGCGACCACCUCGUGAACGACGAUUUGAAAAACCACUUGAAGAAAAGGGUGAAGGAGGAGAAUUUUCAGUUGAUAGACCAAUUAUUGACCGGCCUAUCCGAGGCCGUGGUGGUCUUGGAAGAGGUCGAGGAGGUCGUGGACGAGGAAUGGGCCGGGGAGAUGGCUUUGAUUCUCGUGGCAAACGUGAAUUUGAUAGGCAUAGUGGAAGUGAUAGAUCUUCUUUUUCACAUUACAGUGGCCUGAAGCAUGAGGACAAGCGUGGAGGUAGCGGAUCUCACAACUGGGGAACUGUCAAAGAUGAAUUAACAGAGUCCCCCAAAUACAUUCAGAAACCAAUAUCUUAUAAUUGCAGUGACUUGGAGCAAUCAAAUGUGACUGAGGAAACACCUGAAGGUGAAGAACAUCCAGUUGCGGACACUGAAAAUAAGGAGAAUGAAGUUGAAGAAGUAAAGGAAGAAGGCCCAAAAGAAAUGACUUUGGAUGAAUGGAAGGCUAUUCAAAAUAAGGACCGGGCAAAAGUAGAAUUUAAUAUCCGAAAACCAAAUGAAGGUGCUGAUGGGCAGUGGAAGAAGGGAUUUGUUCUUCAUAAGUCAAAGAGUGAAGAGGCUCAUGCUGAAGACUCGGUUAUGGAUCACCAUUUCCGGAAGCCAGCAAAUGAUAUAACGUCUCAGCUGGAGAUCAAUUUUGGAGACCUUGGCCGCCCAGGACGUGGUGGCAGGGGAGGACGAGGUGGCCGUGGGCGUGGUGGACGUCCAAACCGUGGCAUCAGGACUGACAAGUCAAGUGCUUCUGCUCCUGAUGUGGAUGACCCAGAGGCAUUCCCAGCUCUGGCUUAACUGGAUGCCAUAAGACAACCCUGGUUCCUUGUGGACCCUCCUCUUUGAGGCUUGCAUGCUUAAGGAUCCCAAACGACUAAGAAAUUUAAAAAAAAAAAAAAAAAAAAGACUGUCAUUCAUACCAUUCACACCUAAAGACUGAAUUUUAUCUGUUUUGAAAAUGAACUUCUCCUGCUACACAGAAGUAACAAUAUGGUAGUCAGUUUUGUAUUUAGGAAAUGUAUUGGUAGCGGGGAUGUUUUCAUAAUUUUCAGAGAUUAUGCAUUCUUCAUGAAUACUUUUGUAUUGCUGCUUGCAAAUAUGCAUUUCCAAACUUGAAAUAUAGGUGUGAACAGUGUGUACCAGUUUAAAGCUUUCACUUCAUUUGUGUUUUUUAAUUAAGGAUUUAGAUGUUCCCCCUAUUACAAACUGGUUUUAAAUAUUGGACAUAAUAGCAGUUUUAAUACCUGCUUUGCAUUUUCACACAUGGUCAACUGAGACAUGUAAACUUUGAUUGUCAAAUUUUAUGCUGUGUGGAAUACUAACUACUUUAUGUAUUUUAACUUAGUUUUAAUAUUUUCAUUUCUGGGGAUAAGGUCUUUUUUCACUUCUCAUGAUAGCUGUUAUAUAUGCUAGAUCUUUAUAUACAAAAAUAUCCGUACUUGAACAAAUUCAAAGCACAUUGGUUUAUUAACCCUUGCUCCUGCAUGGUUCAUUAGGUUCAAUUUAUAAUUGAUUCACAAUUUUAAUUACAUUUACUUUUAAAAUAUGUCACUUUCCUGUUUUAAAAACCAAUCUAGACACCUUACUGGUGAAAGUUGUUUAAGCUACUUAUUGUUGAUAGACACAUACUGUCAAGUGAAGUAGUUUUAUGGGUGUUGGGUUUUUCCUCCUCCAGUAGGGUGGGUGGAACAAGUUAAUUUGGCUAAUGCGUAAUAUUUAAACUGCUCUGUAAAGUAAGUGGCCGCUCAGUAUGAUUUGUAUGUGUGAAAGGUCCCAAAUCAAAAUUGUACAUCCAUAAUCAACCCUUCAACCCUUGUUCUAAAGAAACCAAAGGGCACUGGUUAGUAUGGUAAGUGGGGGGGUAUGUUAAUUUUUGGAAUUUGGAAAGCAGACAGCUUUACUUUAUAAGGUUGGAACAGCAGCACCAUCCAUGAAAUACAAACCAAAAAUUUUACUGUUUCUGAAUUUCCUAUAUUGCUAUUCAUUUUGGUCUUAAGUUGAUAGAUUCCACAGAAAGUGAUAAGUAUCUUUUACCUCUUCCUCCCUUAGAGAAUUAGGUUAAUAAUGGAUUUCUUGAUCGAGAGCAUCACCACUGACUAAAACAUACAUGGAGAGAAUAAUCAAACAGGCUUUCUAGGACCUUUUUUUUUAAGUCUUCUGCAACAUUUAUUGAUAAACAGGAAAGGGGUUUUAUUUACAGUUUUGAAGAUCUUUUUGUCACUAUUAUUAGUAAUUUUCUAUCUAUGGUAUGUCCAGUUUUUAAAAUACUUUAUGAUUUAAGACUUUAAAUCAUAAAAUGUCUGUUUAGCUGAUUAGUUCUCCCCUAUACUUCUAAAUGAGAAAUUGUACAGUACAAGAGUUGUUCAUUGGGAUUAGAUUUAUUAACCUAGUUACCUACUAGUUUGACAUCUUAGGAAGGAGGUAAUUGGUUUUUUUUUAAUGAUGGAUAAACUUGUGCUGGUGUUUUGGAUCUUAUGAUGCUGAGCAUGUUCUGCACUGGUGCUAAUGUUUAACAUAAUUUUAUAUUUACAAAUAUACCUGCUACCCAGAGGCAAGUAUUAAUUUAGUCCAUAUGGACUUUUACCCCUCUUGAGAUUGCAACAUACACACUCCUAAACACACUCAUACAUAAGUGUGUUUAGACUUAGAAGUAUCUUAACUCAUUUCUGGACAUGAAUGUGUUAUAAACCUCCUGAUUCUAGCAACAUAUAAAAAAACACUGCUAUUAAAAACCCAUCACAAGUUCUAUUCAUUGUCAGCCAUUGCUGGCAUUCUGUCACUAGAGAAUACACAGCAAUAUCUGGUAUGUUGCAAGCUUUCAAGAUAGCUUGGAAUUUAAAAGUUGGUCCAUUAGUUGUAUCUGAUGGAUGUAAAUUUGCCUCCUAGUUCACUUUGUGUCAAGAGCUAAAACUGUGAACCUAACUUUCUCUUAUUGGUGGGUAAUAACUGAAAAUAAAGAUUUUAUUUUCAUGCUCA